AUGAGAAUUGUUUGCAGCAUUUGUCUGGAUGAAGUCGGCGAUUCACUGCUCGUAUUCACGAAUUGCGGCCAUGUUUUUGAUAGAGACUGUGCCAUGGCCUGCUUGAAUACAAGCGACAAGUGUCCAAUCUGCCGCAAGUACGUCUACAACUCAAAUUUCGAUCUAAAGCAACCUUUUUACCGUGUCUACCUGUCGACAGAUAACGACAAUAAAAGCAGCAAAAGCGCCAGAGAGUGCGAAGAGCUUCAAGAAAAGCUCGCAGCAGCUAAUAUGCGUCUGUCAAUUCUACAAUCAGGUCUCAGCAAUGCAAGGCAUGAUAUCAAUACUGUUGUCCAGAAUUUCAAAAGCGCGAUGGAGGCAUCAAAAGCGUAUAAAAGCAAGUUGGACGCUACUCUCGAGGAACUAGCAACGCUCAAGACGACAAACAGCAACCUUCAACAGCAAAUCAAUGCUGAAGAAGCUUUGAUAAAAGACUUGAAAAAGAGCAAAAAAACUCUUUUACGCAGCCAAAAGGCCUUGGAAGAGAGCAAUGACAUCUUGAAAGAACAAAUAGUAAGAAAAAACGCAUUGGUAUUCAAACAAUAUUACCAACUGACCAACAAAUCCAACUGUCUCUCCUGCAAAAAGCUGCGAUCUCCGCAUGACAACGAUGAUAACGUCGAUGAGUGGAAAUCAACACCCAAAAAUCUGGAUAAUUUGUCUUGCUCUCAGCUAAGAGCACAGUGUUAUAAUUUGCAAGAAAAAUACGAUUGUCUCGCCACGGUACAUUGUGAAAUGAUCAAAGCCAGCUCUGGCUUGACCGAGUCAGCUCACGACAAAAUGUACAUCAGAAACUUGGAGACCCAAUUGAAAGAAUCCAAGAUCAGGCAAGUCCAGCUUGAAUCCUUGUUUGGACGCACCGAAAUGGUACAGCAACUGGCAAAGGAGUUGAUCAGUGUAAAGCAAAAGCAGCUCAAAUUGGAAGCGGAUCUUGAGCAAAUGUCAGAAGCCAAACGUGCUCUCUUUGACCAAAAGAACCAGGUUGAAGAAUCCUUGGACAGAGCAUUGGAAGCCAUCCUCACACUUCAAAAUCAAAAAGAAGAGAGCAUCAAGGAGAUCAGCGAAUUGCAGACAAGAUUGACAGAAGCAACAGACGCAAAGCUCAUAUUGCAGAAACAGUUGAAAUCCUCAAAGAAACGAGCUAGACGGCUGCAAAUUGCCAAGGAAAAAGCACAGGCAGACAGCGAGAACAUUGUGAACAAGAUGAAUCUUCUUGCAGUUCAAUAUUUUUCAUUUGAAAAGGCUUUUCGUGACUACAUUGCCAACAGAAACAAUGGGAAUAGUGAUGACUGA